CUGGUGAUCUUCAACGUUCACAAUCACGGCUUGACCAAGGGUGAGGUACAAUCUGUCUGUGAGCAGAUCGGUUGUGCUCUGCGUCGCGCUGCUGAUAACCCCCUCUCGUACUUUGUGGUUGUCUUGGGGGACCUCAACUACAGUUUUGAUUCUUCUCUUAUCUUUCACCGACCUACUGGUGUGCAGCGGCAGCAGACCCAUGAUCAUAAGGUUCAUGCUCCGCUUUGGGCUGCUACACUUGGCAAGAUGAUGGAAGUUAACUCGGAAGCGGCUACCCACUUCUGCAAGUUCACCAAUUCCAUCAACAUCAUCGACCGCUUCUUCUGCUCUGCCACAGGCUGGAUGAUGUGUCAGCUCAUGACCGAGGUCAACGCGGUGGACACGCCAGAGCACCUGAGCUCCCAGGGCAUCUCUGAUCAUGCUGCUCUUUCGGUUCGGCUGCGACUUCGUGGUGCGCGUCCUGCCUCUGAGCGGCCCAUACCCAAGCACAUCUUCACCUCUGUUGCCUUUCAGCGCCGACUCCGAGGAAUGGUUGCUGUUAGUGAUGAGGAUUUGCUUCGAUGGAGUCCACCUGUGGCCACAGAGCACUAUAAGUACAUGAUGAAGGAGGCCGCCAGGGAGGCCCGCAACAUCCUCUUCUAUUCGGCCCCAGACUUGCCUGGGACGCUGCAGCUGGUUGCUCGUGGGAUAGCGCGAGCUGUGUGGCGUCAAGAUGCUGCCCUCGCCCUCAAGCUCAUCGAGACCUCCCAGCACGCCGCCGACGCUCUGACGGUCGACGGCCAGGUCGUCUCGCUGCGCCACGCCCCGUCCUUCGAGCAGUGGGCUGCUGGAGUUCGGGAGCGCACUGCGGCCCUGGCGGCCUACUGGACCCCUGUCUUCUCCAGGAAAGAGCCCCACCCUGUCAUGACCCAGAUGUACCUCGACAGGUUCCUCACCAAGGCCUCCGACAUAGACCUGCGCUGUCCUCUGACCUCAAUGUUUCGGAAGGUUCUUCGGCGUGCCCGUCACUCUGCUCCUGGUGUCGACGGGCUGCCCUACGCGGCCUGGUCGGCGUGCGACUAUGGCGCCCAGCACCUGGCCAGAAUGUUCGGGUGGCUAUGCCAAGGUCAGUCGUUGUUCGCCUCCGCCAGCGUCACCCUCCAGGUUCUUGCUUUCGUGGGAUGGAUGUAUUUGGCAGUGGAAGGUGUGGUCCAUGAUGGGGGACGCUACGCGACCAUCUUCUGGAUCCGCUCGGGCAUCAUCCAGGGCUGUGGUCUCUCGGGGUCUUUAUAUGCUCUCGCCUCCUCUCCCAUGCUGGCCGACCUCGAGCGGAGCAUCGAGCAUCGUCGGCUGGGGAUAUGCCGUGCUUGUGCCGAUGAUCUAGGCGCUGUCCUGUAUGAGCUGGCCUCUCUGCGUAUCCUGGUGCGGGUCCUUGGGGUCAUGGAAAAGAUUGCGGGCCUCAAGAUUAAGAUCAGCAAGUGCACCCUGGCCCCUCUCGUAGGCGGCAUGACCGAAACCCUGAAAACUAUGACCCAGGCCCAGCUGGCCUCGAUCGCGGGUGCCUGGUCAGGCUUUGCU